AUGCGCACUGCAAUAGCUACAAGCCGGGCGGCUGCCCCCUGCCCUUAUGAGGUUCUUCUGGAGGGGAAGCGCUUUGUGUGCACAGAGUGCGGCAAGUGCUGCCAGGGCAGCGGCGAGGUGUGGGCCAACGACAAGGAGUGCGCCGCCAUGGCCAGGCACCUGGGGCUGCAGCAGAGCGACUUCCUGGCCCGCUACACCAAGGCCUACAGCAAGCGGCCCGGCUGGCGCAUGCUCAAGCUGCAGCCCGCCACCGGCGACUGCGUCUUCCUGGCCGGCGGCACCAAGUGCUCCAUCUAUCCUCACAUACCCCUGGUGGCCCGAGCUGAUGGACCCAGGCAAGCAGGCAUGCUGCUGGUGGCCGGCAGGCGCAGCGCCAGCGCCAGUUUGACCGCCGGGUCUGGUGCAGCGGCGUGGGUGGGCGAGGGACGGGCUGUGUGCGAGGGCAUCGAGCACGAGGAGGCGCCGCUGGUGGACGCACAGGACAAGGCGGGCGUGCUGCGGGCAGCCACCGACUACUUUGCAGACCAGCAGGCGGCGGCAGAGGCGGGGCGGCGGGGACGGCGGCGGCAGCCGUGA